GCUCUGGCCGGCCCCGGCGAUUGGUCACCGCCCGCCAGGGGACAGCCCUGGCCUCCUCUGAUUGGCAAGCGCUGGCCACCUCCCCACACCUCCCCACACCCGUGCGAACGCUCCCCUAGUAGAGAAAAGAAGUAGCUAUUGGCCAAUCCGGCAGGGCCCGCUUUUUAGAAGCUUGAUUUCCUUUGAAGAUGAAAGACUAGCGGAAGCUCCACCUCUUUCCCCAAAGGGCGAGGGAACUCUGGGCGAUUGGCUGGGAACUAUAUCCACCCAGUGUCACCGAUUUCUUCCUAUCCAGGAAAUGAGCAGAUCCAUCAAUAAGAAAUUUCUCAGCCUGGCCGAAAGGGGGAGAGAAUGGUUGGCCCCACGAAGCCACGACAACUGGAGGCAAAGAGGGUUGCUCAACGCCCCGCCUCACUGGAAAACAAAAUCAGAUCUGGGACCUAUAUAGCGUGGCGGAGGCGGAGCGAUAAUUGUCGCGCUCUCACCCACUGCAGCUGCGCACAGUCGCAUUUCCGUCCCCGCCCCUCAGACCCUGCAGCACCAUCUGUCAUGGCGGCUGGGCUGUUUGGUUUGAGCGCUCGCCGUCUUUUGGCGGCAGCGGCAACGCGAGGGCUCCCGGCCGCCCGCGUCCGCUGGGAAUCUAGCUUCUCCAGGACUGUGGUCGCCCCGUCCGCUGUGGCGAGAAAGCGGGCCCCGGAACCGACCACACAGUGGCAAGAGGACCCAGAACCCGAAGACGAAAACUUGUAUGAGACGAACCCAGACUCCCAUGGUUAUGACAAGGACCCCGUUUUAGACGUCUGGAACAUGCGAGUUGUCUUCUUCUUUGGCGUCUCCGUCGUCCUGGUCCUUGGCAGCACCUAUGUGGCCUAUCUGCCUGACUACAGGUGCAUGGGGUGUCCAAGAGCGUGGGAUGGGAUGAAAGAGUGGUCCCGCCGCGAAGCUGAGAGACUUGUGAAAUACCGAGAGGCCAAUGGCCUUCCCCUCAUGGAAUCCAACUACUUCGACCCCAGCAAGAUCCAGCUGCCAGAGGAUGAGUGACCAGUUGCUGAGUGGGGCUCAAGAAGUACCACCUUCCCCACCUCCUGCCUGCCAUUCUGACCUCUUCUCAGAGCACCUAAUUAAAGGGGCUGAAAGUCCGA